AUGAAAGCAACUUAUUCAUCAAUUUUAAAAGUAAUAAAUAGACAAACGUCACAAGUCUCGAGCGAGGCUUUCAAAGAAAUUGACAAACAAACAGAAAAAUCUCAGUUGCUUGGCAUCAUUUGCUCUCGAAAAGAGCUCAACAGCAUCACACGCAAAUCCACCCAAAAAAUGAAAAAUAAAAAACAAAAGAAUCUCGCGGUAGCCCACGGUAAAAUGCGACUCGGCGUCGUUUCUUUCGUAAUGGAAGAUUUCGUUAGCUUUGAUGUGAUCGAGAAGAAGAAUAACUACUAUAGUCAUAGAGUAUCAACAGAAUAUCGUCAAAUUAAAUUCAUAAAUAAGAAAUCAUUCUUAGAAGAUGACGUAUUAGUAGUUACAUUUUAUAAAUGA